AUGUUUAUUUGUGUCUUUCUGCUAUUGGUUGGGGUGAAUGUUGCAAGUAAACAUUAUUAUGUUGAGGUGGCCUUCAGUAGAGUUGAAUUGAUCUACACAGUCAUUGGCAAGAUUUUUUCAUUUCUCAUUGUUCUCCCCCUAUUGCAUGUCAACUUUGUUUUGAUCACUCAACACCUCAGAGGACAAAGGACAACAGUGAAGCCCAAUAAAGAGAUUAGAGAGAGUUUUCCCCAAUUUUUUUUCAUUGCUCGCGAUAUCAUCUAUCGAAAAUAUAAAAAUAUUAUGGAGCCAGGGAAUUCAUUAAAAUUUUUAAUUAACGACGAUGAAAAAUUAUUGGACUUGAAAAGCAGUGAUAACCCAUCGUGCUCCAAAAUGAAAACAGAAGGCUUAGAUAGGAAUUCCAAUUUGGUUGAAACUAUGGAGCUGUCUUCGAGUCCAGAAAGUAUCUCCAGUGAAUUAUCAGCGCUCCUCCCUCAAUUAAAAAGUAUGAAAAUCAUAUCGUCACCUCCCACCCUCUACCAGGAAUUUGGAAAAGUGGAGAAUGUCAUCGGGGCAAUGGGCCUAGCACUCAUCCAGUCGACGGAUUCGACAGUCCUCCUGGACAUCGACACUCCAGUCUUCAUUGUUCUCCCCUCAGUGUUCCUGAAUGAGGAGGGCCCCAUUUACGAGCUUCUCGGGGAGAUCGAUGACAUCUUCGGAUCGAUAGGGAAGCCCAUGUACGCUGUCCGUCUGACGCAAGAGAUUCGGGGGAAAUCAAGCCUGAUUAUCAACAGCUUUGUUUAUCUACUGUCAAGUCAUCCCAAGACGAAUGUUCUGCACAUCGAGAAUGUCGGAGAUAAAAAGUACAGCCUAAUUGCUCAAAAAUAUGGAAUUUACCAGGAAUAACUUGGGAUUUCGCGAUAGAUUCGGAAGUGCCUUUUGGAAAUCGUCGCUUUUUUAAAAGAUUUUACCACAUUUUUAAGAAGUUUUGUAAUUUCACCAAUGAUUGAUGUUAUCGAAAUUUAGAGAAUGAAAUUUUAGCCUUUUUUAUAUAAAUUUGCAGUUUUUUAAAUCAGAGAUUGAGAUUUAAUUUGGUGGAAAAUUGUAAAAAAGCAUAAUAAGAGCAAAAUUUAUCUUUCCAA